AUGACCAUCACGAAUGGCAAUAAGCGCAUCCUGGAUGCUCCUGAACCCAUCGCAAUUGUUUCUGCAGCGUGUCGAUUACCCGGGCAUGUGGACAGCCCGCACAAGUUAUGGGAGCUCCUUCAGUCGGGCGGCACUGCUGUUUCCAACCAGGUGCCCAAAUCUCGCUUUAGCUCAGAGGGACAUUUUGACGGGUCGGGCAGGCCUGGCACCAUGAAAGCCCUGAGCGGCAUGUUCAUCGAGGAUAUAGAUCCUGCCGCCUUCGAUGCUUCCUUUUUCAACCUUACCCGGGCUGAUGCUAUUGCCAUGGACCCCCAGCAACGUCAGCUCCUGGAAGUAGUAUACGAGUGCUUCGAGAAUGGUGGUGUACCAAUCGAGAAAGUGAGUGGCAAACAGAUAGGCUGCUAUGUUGGCAGUCUGAACGGCGAUUACCACGACAUGCAGAUGCGAGACCCUGAGCAAAGAAUGUCGGGCCACACGGUUGGCACGGGUGGUCGUGCCAUGCUGAGUAACAGAAUUAGCCACUUUUUCAACCUACGAGGAUCCAGUUUCACAAUUGAUACAGCGUGUUCCAGUGGCCUUGUGGGAGUCGAUGUAGCCUGCAAGAAUCUACGCGCGGGCACACUGACCGGCGCAGUCGUGGCAGGCGUCAAUUUGUGGCUAUCGCCAGAACACACUGAAGAAACGGGUACCAUGCGGGCAGCGUACUCGGCUACUGGCAAGUGUCACACCUUCGAUGCUAAGGCUGAUGGUUACUGCCGAGCUGAGGCGGUUAAUGCUGUGUACCUGAAGCGUCUAUCGGAUGCUUUGAGGGACGGCGAUCCUAUCCGUGCAUUGAUUCGGGGGACAGCGAGUAAUAGCGACGGGUGGACUCCGGGGAUCAAUAGCCCUAGCUCCGAAGCUCAAGCGGCGAUGAUUCGCGAAGCUUAUAAAAAUGCUGGUAUCGACAGUAGCGAAUACGCCGAGACGGGAUAA